AUACGAUACGAAGAGAUGAAGCAAAGAUGAAGACGCUUUCAUUUCAAACGAACGGAGAAGAGAAAGAAAACAAAAAUUUCAAAAUCUAUACCACUAUUAUUACGUAUGUUUCUCAAAUAAAUAAAAAUAAUUCCUCAAUCGUGUCCACUCCUCUGUCGACAAUCCACAUAAAGUACUAAAAUGACUUCUUGUAAAAUAAAACCUAUAGUAGUAGAUUUAAAUAUCGGUGAUCAGUUGACAUUAAUAUCUUGUGGACAUGUGGUAGUAGAGUUAAUUAAAUUUAUUGCCUUUCAAAGACUGCAGAUACCAUACACAUACCAGUGGUUAAAACAAAUAGUUAAUAAGAAGAAAAUGUGUGAAAAUCGAGAUAAAAAAGAAAGUUUCCAGUCAGAAAGACAUUUCCAUAUAGCUUCAACUGCUCUAGAUAAUUUAGAUUUUAUUCUAAAGAGCCUUUUGCAAGAAAUGAGUGGUUCAUCUAUCCCAGAAGAAGUGUGCAUAGCCCUCGGCGCCACACCUAUGACCUGCAAAGAGAUGUACAGACUGAUUCUCCCCACUCUAUGCCAUAAGCCACAGUGCCACUCUUCCCACAUCGCCUCUGAUCAAAAGAUUCAGCGCAGUGUUUUCAGGACAAUGGUGACAUCAGAAUCGUUGAGUAAAGUAUUUUUCGAUUCGCUACCACCAACAAAUAUGCAUAUUUUUAUUAGAAGAAAUUCAUUGAAUAACCUAAACAUCCCGAAUAGUGACAGUUUUGAAUUGACAUCUGGCUGUAGGAUUCCAAGGAAGACCAAAAUUGUGGUUAUGAACUUUAGGACCAACAAAGAAAAUGUUUCAUGUUGCAAUGACUUUGAAAUUUUUGGAGAAACGGGUGGUAAUAAUGAGGAUUUGGAUAUGGAGAAAAAGAUCAAUUUUGAAGAAGAAUUUGAGGAGAUGGAAUCAACUGACACAAUGAAAUGGUAUCAGUCAACAUAUGUUAUGAAAGGGUUCAAAGACUGUGUAGUUAAUGGUAAUUCAGUUACCAACUCUUGGAAUGACUCUUGACGAAGGUUUCAUUUAUAAUAGGCCAAUUUACUUACAAUCUAGGUAUUUUGAGAUAAAAAUGUGAGAUUGCUCAAUUCCCUAGGGACAAUACUAUUUUGUCUUCUGCUAUCAUAGUUAAGAUUUUUAGUCAUUGUCUGUUUUAUGACUGUUCAAAUGGUUAAAAUAUAGUGUAAAUUAUGUUAACAUUGAAUUUUGUUGUAAGUAGAUAAUAUGAAUAAUGUUAUGUUACAUACAUAUUUGUAACAACUUAAUUGACAAUCAAUUUAUGGUCUUUUGCCUACUUCUUUUAUUGUGUAUUGAAAAUUUAAAACAGUCCAAGAAAGUCAUAUUUUAAUUACAGUUAAUUUACUUAUUAUUGUUUAUAUAAGAAGGACCAUUUUAACAUGUUACUGAGAAUUUAUAAUACACACUGUUGGAAUGCACCAGACCAGUGCAUACUGGCACAGAUUGUGGUAAUAUAGUAUCAAAUUAUAAUACUAAAAAUGAACUGUAUGCUACUGUGAUAAGGUUUUAAGUGCUUUACAGAUAUCCCUACUAACAUAUAAUGGGCUAACAACUAUUUUGAUUUAUACUUGCAGAGCAUUAAAUAAAAUCUUUAACUGUGCUCAGUACAGGGCUAUACUGUUAUAUCAUUAAUUCUUUUUCAUAGAGUUUAUAAUAUUUUGGAAUGUUUAUUUAAGUUGUACCUAUAAGAGCAAACUUUUUCAGUAGUGGUGUAUUGAUGGUACAGAAAUAAUGCAAGUUUAUUUUAUAUUGUAUUUUGUGCCAUGAACCUAGAUUACGUGACUUAAUUUUAUUAAAUCAAUUUUGGUUUUUA